AUGAAUGGAGAUCUUUUCCAAGAAUCCAGGUACAUUGAAGAGAACACUUCCCAGAAUGAUGCAAUCUCUCUGAUUUUUUCCCUCAAAGAAGAAGUUGGAGCCUUGGCCAAAAUUCUUCGCAUAUUUGAGGAAAAGGGGAUAAACUUGACUCACAUAGAAUCCAGACCUUCCCGGCUGAAUAAAGAUGAAUAUGAAUUUUUCAUUAAUUUGGAGAGCAAGAAUAUGUCUGCCCUUCCAGAUAUCAUCAAGACCUUGAGAGAUGACAUCAGAGCAAAUGUUCAUGAACUUUCACGUGAAAAGAGGAAAGAUGCAGUGCCAUGGUUCCCAAGAUCUAUUCAAGAACUGGACAGAUUUGCCAAUCAGAUCCUCAGCUAUGGAGCAGAACUGGAUGCUGACCAUCCUGGUUUCAAAGAUCCAGUUUACCGGGCCAGAAGAAAGGAAUUUGCAGACAUAGCAUACAACUACAGGCAUGGACAACCUAUACCCAGGGUGACUUACACUGAGGAAGAGAAGAAGACAUGGGGGAUAGUCUUUAGGGAGCUGAAGACUCUCUAUCCUACACAUGCUUGCUAUGAACACAACCAUGUUUUUCCACUCCUGGAAAAAUACUGCGGCUACCAAGAAGAUAACAUCCCCCAGCUUGAAGAUGUCUCAAACUUUUUGAGAAGCUGUACUGGAUUUCGUUUACGGCCCGUGGCUGGUCUUCUUUCAUCUCGAGAUUUUUUGGGUGGCUUGGCUUUUAGAGUAUUUCACUCUACACAGUACAUUCGCCAUUCAUCAAAACCAAUGUAUACACCCGAACCUGAUGUUUGCCAUGAACUCCUAGGACAUGUCCCUCUAUUUGCUGACCCUAGUUUUGCUCAGUUUUCUCAAGAGAUUGGGUUGGCUUCUCUAGGAGCUCCAGAUGAUUAUAUUGAGAAACUUGCAACGGUUUACUGGUUCACUGUGGAAUUUGGCCUCUGUAAAGAAGGCGACGCAAUUAAGGCCUACGGUGCUGGACUCUUGUCAUCAUAUGGUGAACUGCAAUAUGCUCUGUCAGAUAAACCUGUCACUGAAUCUCUCAUCUUGGAAAAGACUGCAAUCCAAAAAUAUCCAGUUACUGAAUUCCAGCCCAUUUACUACGUAGCUGAAAGUUUUGAAGAUGCAAAACAAAAGUUAAGAAAAUAUGCCUCAAUGAUUUCGCGGCCAUUUUCAGUCCGCUACAAUCCAUAUACUGAAAGAAUUGAAGUUUUGGACAAUAUCAAGCAAUUAAAGAAUUUAUCAGAUGCCAUUGGCAAUGAAAUGGAACUUCUUUGCAAUGCUCUGCAGAAGAUAAAGUGA